GAAUUUCCCCGGGAGGCGCCGGGGGCGCUGCUGGAGCUGCUGCGGGCGCUGCUGCGGCGCCGCCCCCACGGCCUGCAGGAGAUCUUUGCCCACUUAGGGCCCUGGAUCCGGUCCCCGCGGGGCGCGGAGCGGGAGCGCGCCCUGGGCCUGAGCCGCGCGCUGCUGGGAUCCUUCCUCGGCGAGCUGCGCCUCAGCUCCCUGACCCCGUUCCACGCCCUGGGCUCCCUCCUGGCCCUGCUGGCCCCGCGCUGCUCCGACCCCGUUCCCCUCCCUGACUCCUCCCUGACCCCGUUCCACGCCCUGGGCUCCCUGCUGGCGCUGCUGGCCCCGCGCUGCUCCGACCCCGUUCCCCAAAUCCGCCGCCACGCCCUGGAUUGCGUCCGGGCCCUGCUGCGCAUCCAGCUCUGCUACCAAG